AUGGAAGAGUCAGACGUGGAGCAGGCAUCACUGGCCCUGAUGGACUCAGCCAAUGACAGGGACCCCGUGGUCCGGGAGCAAGUCAGGAAGUCCCUGCAGACACUGGGAAAGCGGAGGGCUGACAAGAUCCUGUCCAUGUGCCGGAACUACCUGGUCAAGCACCCAAAGCUGUCAGUUGGACAUCGAGUGGUUAUACUGCAAACCAUUGAGCUGGUGGUUAAGAGCAAGAUUGAUGAGAUAAGCUACCAAAAAGUCAAAGGUAUCAUUUCACUGGCUUCAGAUGAAAUGACAAGAUCAAAGGAAGUAGUACCUGAUUGGCAGCAGGCAGCCAGCAAUAUUUUGGUUGCUGUUGGCAACAAGCACGCCAAAGACAUCAUGGAGGAAAUCUUUAACAAAUUCCAGCCAGGAGUCCUGCCUCAUUUUUUUGUGGUGCAAACAUUAGGAAACCUCUCCAACUCAAAUGUCUACGGUGUGGUGCCCUUCCUUGGCGCAGUCCUCACUACCAUGUUACCAAUGCUUGGCAUGGCUAGGCAGGAUAACAUGAAGUGGGUCUUCUCCUCUGCCCUGUUCCACUUUAGCGAGAGCAUCAUGGAGUAUCUCGCCAACCUGGAUAAGGCCCCUGACCCUGCAGUGAGGAAGGACGCCUUCUCCGCAGAGAUCUACGCUGCCUAUGACAUUCUCUUCUGCAACUGGCUCCAGAGCAGAGAGGCCAAGCUCCGGCUGACUGUAGUGGCAGCUCUGGGAGCCAUGAGCCACCUGCUGGCUCUGGAUAAACUGGAGGAGCAGCUUCCAAAGCUCAUUCCCACAAUCCUGUCCUUCUACAAGAAGAACCCGGAGUGUUAUGUGAUCAGCAAGAGCCUGUGUCAGAUUCUGGAUGCUUCUGUGAGCACUGGGAGCCGGGUGCUGGAGUCCCAGAUUGAUGGCCUCCUGCCUGCUCUGCACCAGCAGGUGUGCACACCUGUUGACUACAGAAACCCACCCACUGUGAAAAACCAUAAUGAGGUCCUGAGGUGCUUCAACAUUCUGGCCAACACUUUUCCCAACCGUGUAAUACCGUUCGUCCUUCAGAAACUGGAGAUAAGCAAUGAACGCAAUCGUCUGGGCUCCCUGGCCGUGCUGAAGCACCUCAUUAACACUUCCACUACCAUCAUGGAGACCAAGAAGCUGCUCAUUCUCAACAGUAUCAGGCAGCCGAUGCUCGAUCAUAGCAACAAGGUGAAAAAAAUGGUGGUUCAGGUGAUCAGUGCCAUGGCUCACCAUGGGUAUUUGGAGCUGGAGGGGGGAGAACUGUUGGUGCGGUUCAUCAUCCUGCACUGUGCCCUGCCUGAUACUUACCACCGUGGGGACUGCCCCCCUGACUUGGAGGAGGUGACCGAUGAGGCGCUGCGGAGCAUGUGCGAGAGCACGCUCCACCUCCUCGCCACCACGGUGGGGCACCUGACCGACGUUCUCUGGCCCUCCCUGUUUUGCUACCUGACCCUGGCACAGUACACGGAUGCCACCACACCCCUUUGCCAGACUCUCAUCGUUCUAGCCAAUAAGAAGAAAGCAUUCAUGGAUCCAAGCCUCAUCGUUGACUUCAAUGCGCAAAAAAAUCUCCCCUCACCGUACAUUCUCAUGAUGAGGCUACUGGUCAACGCCUCGCUCCCCUUCCGCGGCCGAGGUCGGGGCGCCCCGUCUCUGAGCCUGCUCAACGUCCUGAGCUCCAGCAUUCACCCCAACCUCGAGUGUAUAUGGCAGUCCGAGAUCCCGCACCUCCUGCACUUCCUGGAGGAAUCCACAGAGGAAACGUUAAACAGACGAGGCUGGGAGGGAAGUCUUCUCCAGCUCUUGUCCAAGUCUUUGGUGGCCAUCUCGUAUGAUAAGUGGAACUGCCAGCUUGCUACCGAAGCGACCCGUUAUCUGUCCACUUACAACAGCUACCUGGAGGAGAAGUGCUUUCUGUAUAAGUGCAUCGGCGUGACCCUGCAGCACUGCGGCAACAAGGAGGUAGUGGCCAGGCAGCUGCAGGAGAUCCUGCUCCGUGCGCAUCAUCAGGACGCCAUAGAACGAGAGGGAGCGGCAAUGGGAAUUGGGCUUUGUGCCAGCAGCCAUCUCGAAGAUACUUUGGCAAAGCUGGAAGCUUUUGGGAAAUCUGAUGUCUUCAAGAAAGCCUCAGGAAUAUUUGGUCUGCUUAAAGACAAGAGUGACAUGGACAUUGAGAAGGUGAAGAGCACGCUGAUCUUGUGCUAUGGGUAUGUGGCCCUCCAUGCCCCAGAGGACCAAAUCCUGGGCAAGAUUGACUCAGAGAUCUUACGGAACAUCAGCAAGCACUUCAACACUAAGGUUCUGGGAGUAAAAGUUGAGACCAAGGACCUGACGAUGAAGCUCAGCUUGAUCCAGAGUGUGGGCCUCAUUGCCCAGGCCGUCUGUGCCUGCGUGCGCCGGCAAGGCUACCUGUUCUCACGCAAGCUGGAGCUCAUGGGUGUAAUGAUGGACUUUAUUAAGGCAGAACCAGCCGAUGUCAUGAGGAAUCCAGUUCGCCAUCUUGCUAUGACUACAUGUGCCAACCUAUUCUCCCUGGACCCUGCUCUGACAGAGAAGGAAAAGGCUGACAUGUUGCACACCUGUCUAAACAGCGUGUUUGGGCUGCCCCCGGUGGAGGAGCCAGACCAGGGCAAGGAGGAAGAGGUGCUGGACCCGCGGCAGAGGGAGGCUCUGUAUGCAGACACGUUCAGUGCUCUUGAGGAUCUCCUUAAGACUGUCCUGGUGCGAGACGUGACUCCAGAUGGACUUCAGAGUGUGUUCAAGCAUGUUGAGGUUUGGUUGAGCUCAGCGCUGGACCAUGAACGGGAGCGAGCAAUGAAGACCACAGCUGAGCUGCUGGAUUUCUACCUGAACAACGUCAGUGUCAAAAAGAUAGGAACAUUCCACAAUCUGGGCUCUCUGCUGGGACGCUUUGUUCCUCGGUGCACAGACCCCAACCCUAUCAUGAGGGUUGCGGCCGUACAGGCCAUCCACACGCUACUGUGCAUACAGCUGACCUAUGAAGGUUUUUCCUCAGACCACAGAGAGGAAGCUGUGGAGAGCCUUCCCAGCCUGUAUGAGAAGCUGAACAUCUCUGACCCAGCGGCCCUGUACAGAGCCUGCUCUGAGCUGACCAAGAUAAUCAGCAAGCGUGUCCCUGAGCCACAGCUCCCCGCUCUCAUCUUCACGCUGCUGGAGGGGCUCGUGGACCCCCAGCCAAACUGCGCCUGCUCCUGCAGCAUGGUCCUCCACAGCCUGCUCAGAGACCGAGGGCCCAGCCUGCUGGACCUGGUCCCACAGGUGGUGGAGGCUCUGCGGGCUCGCAUGCAGGCGGUCUCAGAUGAGCAAGUGAAGGCAGUGGUGUCCCAGUCUGUCCUAGUCCUCGCUGCCCAGCACCUGCACACUGUCGUUGACUCCCUUAUCUGCUCCCCCUUGCCCUUUGACAGCUGGAGCUGUGAGAUGUGGCACUCUCUGGGGGGUGACAGCACUCUGGCCUUUCAGAUCAUGGAGAUAAUCCUGGAGAAGCUCAACAUUUUGGUCCCCUACGUGGACAAAAGGGAGUCCAUCUUGAGGUCCAGCGCAGUCAAAGUGGCCACCUGUGACCCGUUAGCUAUGACCUGUGCUCUGCGUGAGAUGCUGAUGAACUCUCAGACGCAGGAGGUGGUGGCGGCCCUGUUCCCCCGGCUCUUUGGGGCUCUCCUGGUGCGCCUGGGCUCCAGCGUUGGGGUGCAGCCCCCAAGAGAGGCAAGCAGCGGUGGGAGCCCAGAGAGGAGGGUGCCUGGCAAGCUCCCCAGCGCUUCCUACGUAAGCGGGGUGGCGGUGGAGGCCCUGCGUGCUCUGCUGGCCCGUGCCCAUCUGGAUGAGCUGAUGGAGCCCCUGGCUCUGGAGGGGGCCUGGGACAAGAUGAAGGAUCUGCAUCGACACGUUGAUGGAGUCACUCUGCUGGCCAGGGCCAUGGCGAAGCACGCGAGUCCCCGCCUCCCAGCCAUCGUGGAUGGCCUCUGCCCUAACCUCAGCAACAUCUACGACUGCCAGAGGGCCACGGUGACAGCAUUCUUCUCUGAGCUGCUGAACCAUCACGUGGUGACAGAGCUGCGCCUGACGGAUGCGCUGAUGGGCAGCAUGAUGGAGCGCCUGGCCGACCCCUGCGGCGCCAUCAGAAUGCUGGCUAUCAGGGGCCUGGGGAACAUUGCCACUGGCUCCCCUGAAAAGGUGAACAAGCACGCCAAGGAACUUCUGGCCGCCAUGAGCUCGGGGAUGGAAGACAGGGAUGAUCCAGGCAAGCGCAUCGCCCUGGAGGCCAUGUCUGGCCUCUCCAAAGUCCUGCCACGCCUGGACAAGAAGAAUGUUCAGCUGCUCGCGGUCUACAUCUUCAUGAAGAUCAAGCCCUUUCUGGAGAACGAGAGUGACACGAUCCGCUACGCCUCUGUUGUACUCCUGGGAAACCUUUCCAGGUUUGGAUCGGGAGAGCCUGUCUUCAGGGACCAGGUCCACAAUGUGCUGGUCAGCCUACUCCUGCACCUCAGCGACCCCAGUCCGCAGGUGGUCAAGGCGUGCAAGUUUGCCAUGCGAGUGUGCGCGCCAGUGCUGGGCUCAGAUCACGUCACCGCCAUGUUCCAUAAGCAUCUGCAUGAGGACAGAGGACUGCACUACGGCGAGUUCCUCAAUGAACUCAUCAAGUACAUCAUUAAGGACUUCCCCGGGAUGCUGAACUUCUACCACACCACUGUCAUUCAGUUCUUCAAAAGUGCCUGGGCUGAGGUCCGAGCCAGUGCCGCCAUGUUUAUUGGGUUUCUCUUGGUAAAUCUUCCAGAACAAUACCUGUCUCAGAUGAACAUGAGGUGUGUGAUAAAGGGUCUGGUCCAGCUGCUUCAAGAUCCUGAACCACUGGUCCGUGCUAAAGCAGCUGAGGCCAUGGGAUAUUUCCAUCAGUUUUGA